AAUGUUGAUAGUGGGACACCAUCUGCAUUUGUGCAGAAAUUAGCUCGCAAGCUACUAGUCUCGUACACAUUUUUACUUAUUUCAAGCGUUUUAUCCACAUAACUACACUAACUAACAUAAAUGAGUUGUAAAGGAGACUCCAAUGACUCUCCUUCCAAACGCAAAGUUGUAUAUGUCUAUAGUCCUCAAUACAUCGAGACAUGCGACUCGCUAUCAAAAGUCCCCAACCGGGCAAGUAUGGUACAUUCACUCAUAGAAGCUUAUGGUUUACUUCAACACAUGGGUGUUGUGAAGCCCCGUGUUGCGACCAUUGAGGAGAUGGCCAAGUUCCACACAGACGCCUACCUGGAGCACCUCCACAAAAUCAGCCAGGAUGGAGACAACGAUGACCCCCAGUCCGGGGACUUUGGCCUGGGUUAUGACUGCCCGGUGGUGGAGGGUAUAUAUGACUAUGCUGCAGCGGUGGGUGGUGCCACCCUGACGGCCGCCCAGUGCCUGCUGGACAAGAGGGGUGAGGUGGCAAUCAACUGGGCAGGAGGCUGGCACCACGCCAAGAAGGAUGAGGCAUCAGGCUUCUGUUAUGUGAAUGAUGCUGUGCUGGGGAUUCUCAAGCUGAGAGAGAAAUACGAGAGAGUUCUAUAUGUGGAUGUGGACCUGCAUCAUGGAGACGGUGUGGAAGAUGCCUUCAGUUUUACCUCCAAAGUGAUGACUGUGUCUCUACACAAGUUUUCCCCCGGAUUCUUCCCAGGUACAGGGGACCUGUGUGACACAGGGAUGGGUAAAGGAAGAUGGUAUGCUGUCAACGUCCCUCUGGAUGACGGCAUCAAAGACGACAGAUACUUCCACGUCUUCACCAGUGUGAUGCAGGAAGUGCAGGCGUUGUUUAACCCGGAAGCAGUAGUGAUGCAGCUGGGAGCUGACACCAUGGCCGGGGACCCCAUGUGUUCCUUCAACAUGACCCCUGUAGGGGUGGCCCAGUGUCUUCGCCAUGUACUAGACUGGAACCUACCCACACUGCUGCUGGGAGGAGGAGGGUAUAACCUAGCCAAUACGGCCCGUUGUUGGACCUACCUGACUGGGGCCGUACUGAGACAAACACUGGCCUCUGAGAUACCUGACCAUGAGUUCUUCACAGAGUACGGUCCUGACUACUCCUUGGAGAUCAGUCCCAGCUGUCGACCGGACCGCAACGAGACCAAACACCUGGACAAGGUCAUCUCCACCAUCAAAGGGAAUUUGAAGAAUGUGGUUUAAGAGCGGAGUCUCGUUUCCAAUCAGGGCCUCCUGGGGUAAUGAACACGCACACACACACGCCAGGCUGAUGAAGACCGUAUGUUGGAGCUCCAUCCUUUGCCAACGGCGAGGAGAGGGAGAUGUUGGAGUGUGUGGGGGUGUGUGUGGAGCAGGAGCGAUGUUGGAAAACAUAACUUGAAUGUUUCUAGGGGGACGUUUUAUUGUAGGGGACGAGGAGGAGGGUAGGGUGCUGAUGUUGCCGGUUUGCUGUUGGUCUGUUUCCGUUUGUCUUUGUAUAAUGUUUUUAAACUGUGGGGAGGAGAUUCGGGUUCGACUAGCCAUGGACCAGACAGAGAAUUUCUGCUCCAAAAAAUGGCUUCCAGGGCCCGUAUUCACAAAGCGUUGUGAGUGCUGAUCUAGGAUCAGAAUUUGAAGAUUAUUUUAGCCUUUUAGAUCAUAAUGAAUAAGAUUGCAUGGCCCAGAAUUACUACCUUGUUCCUUUUUGCUUCUAAAUUGUCAGUCUAGAACCUAUGCUAUGGGUGGUUUGUAAUAUUAGACUUAAAUGUGUACAUAUUUAGGCGUGGGAAACAUGAAGGGCGGGCAGGGGUGGUAUGGGGAUAUGUUAGGUAAGAUUUGUGCUAAACGAGUAAAGCAGACAUGUCAGGGGCUCGUGUUACCUCUUUAGCUGCUUCCCUGGUGCUGUAUGUUAACACCCCCCUGGGGUGAGUUUCCCAAAAACAUAAAGAUCAUCUUCAGCAUUAAGGUAAUCUUACACCCAUAUAGAGCAUCCCGACAAGAAUGUUGAUGUUUUAUGAUCUUAGUGCUAAAAAUGAUCUUUACUACAUGAGUGCAGUACUUGUCGGGAGCUUUAUAUGGUUGUUUUUUUACACUGAACAAAAAUAUAAACGCAACAAUUUCAAAUAUUUUACUGAGUUACAGUUCAUAUAAGGAAUCAGUCAAUUGAAAUAAAUUCAUUAGACCCUAAUCUAUGGAUUUCACAUGACAGAGCAGGGGCUCCACCCACUGUGGAGCCAGGCCCUGCCAAUCAGAAUGAGUUUUUCCCCACAAAAGGGCUUUAUUGCAGACAGAAAUACUCCUCAGUUUCAUCAGCUGUC